UAUGGUCUACAACUUUCUUUAUGGUUUCAAGAAAUGCUUGAAAGUAUAGGAAAAAGGAUGAAAAAGGGAGAAUUUUCUAAAGGAGAAAAAAGUUCUGCAGGGGUUUUGAAGAAAGAAUUUAAAGAAAUAAGAGAAGAGAGUUUCCGAGCAUUUAUGUUUUUGCCGUUUAAAGAAGAAUUUACUAAUUGGCUAAAACAUAUGCAUUAUGAAAAUUUAAAUGAAAUAAUUUUUAGUAAAACUGAUUAUGGAGAAGAAUUAAGAAUGAGGGCAUUAGAAGGUUAA